AUGGAGCAAGCCCAUUGUCGAUCUUCGUUCUCUCCUAUUUCAGAGGCUUUCGACAUAAUGCAAGAUGAUGCCACAAAGCGUACAUCCAAGCAGAAAAAGUCCAUACAGCAACGGCAAUACAGAGACAAGGAGGUUGACAGCUUUGCCGAGCUUCGCGAAGCCAUUCGCGAAGUGACAGAUGAUCAAGAAACCCCCGGGACGAGACACGAGACACUAUCGAAAGCUGCACAAUACAUUAGGCAGCUUAGCUGGAUGAAUCUGAGGUUGCAUCAGCACCUGAGCAUCCUGAAAUUGUCUCAAAUGAAUGACGAAAGCUGCGUGACGAUACCCACGCAAUUACCUACUAUGCCAUUGCACUGGAGCAGUGAUAUCGAUCUGGCUGUCAUGCACCGAACGACAGACAUCAUACCACAAAGCACACUGCACGACUUUUCCAUCGGCGUGAGCUCUGGGGUGUGUGGUGACGCCACCGUGCCGGAGGGUGCGCAGGACCAGACGAACACCAUUCCACGACGUAGUGACAGCUUGAGACAGAUCAACCACUAUACGUCCUCUAGACACCCCUUGAACCAGUCUCACAUCUCCUAUGACAUAUAUUCAUACUAG